AUGGCGCAAGUCACAUGGUCGAAGUCACGUGACUUACCCCACAUCAAAACAGUGAACAAUGGUUUAUAUAAAAUCAUUCGCAAAACAGAACAUGUCAUUUAUGAACAAGCUAACUUGUUGAAUCACAAUAGACCAUCAACACGACUAAGGAAUGACGAAAAGAAUCAGCACCAUCCAUUGUUAAACCAGGAGUUGUUAUCUGCGUUAACUCAAGGCUAUUGGAAGCCGAAAUACGUGACAGAAGAAGAAAACGACAGGGUGACUUCCCAGCUAAAACGAUUACGAGAGAGAAAGAAAAUAGAAUACAGUAACAAUACGAUAUGUGGACAUGCACAUCGGGGCUACAGAUCGGUGUGUAACCCAGGGGAUAAAAAUGCCUGUUGCAAAGAAAGUCGAUGUCGAGAUAUUUCCGUAGAAGGCUGCGUAUGUCCAACAUGUUUUGACGAAAGGUCAAGGAUCUAUCCCGAAUUUCAUGAGUGGACCCCAUAUGGUAUUAACAUACGCCGUAAUGUAUCACGUGAUGUUAUGUGCACCGGGCUUAGGAAUUUAAAUGUGUCAUCGAUAAUUACAAUCGGCGAUUCUUUGAUACGACAAAUAACGGUUCGUUUCUGGAGGCGCGUUUACAAAGGACCAGUGAUACAUUUACUUCAUGACUAUUCCCCCCAAGAAUUAAUCCAGAAGUGUCAGCCUAAUGCGACCAAUUGGGGGUCCUACAAAUGUUGGGAAAGGAGCUUCGUGAACAUCUGCGAUGGAAUUAAAUUCUUCUACCAUAAGAUAUACGGCGUUACAUAUCAACCAAAGGUGUUUGACGAUUUGCGAACAUUGAAGAAGGAACAUCCAGGGCGAAUGCUAGUGUUGACAGACGUUGGACUUCACGACAACUUUAGUAUACUAAAUGUAUCUAUCUACCUUAAACAACUAUUCGAGGUGGUGAAAUCUUUGGGUGAAACCGACCUACUGUACAUGGCACCAUAUAUCCCAGGAUUACAAAAAUCCCCGUCGUAUAAGAAGCAAACUUUGAAAAGGACGAUCAAAUUUAUCAAGUUCUUUCGUACAUUUACUCAAGAUAGAAACAUUUCUUUUCUUGAUCCAACUGAAUUGGUAAAGAAUCUUAUUAGUUCGGAUGGUACUCAUUAUACAAGGGGGCUAAAUGAAGCAAUGGUCGACAUUAUAGGAAACUAUAUCCUAAAAGACAUUUAA